GUUUGAAUUAGGAGAGCGGCAGCCACUAAGAGGAGGAAAGGAAGGACACAGCUGAAGAUCCAGUGUCCACUCUGGCCUUGGUACCUAUUGGAGGGGAACGCCUCACAGUUUGAAAGCAAAGCAGUCUGUGAAUCCUUUUCUGAGCCAUGUCCCGCCCCAUACAUCCGUCACGUGAUCGCCCGGUUGUCUUGGAAACGGAUAGUAACAAGGAAGAGGCUUCCACCUGAGUAACUGACUAUAAGCAGAAGAAGUCGUGGAUCAGGAAGGUGCUCAACGCUAGCAAGAUGUCAAUUCCUUUUUCCAAUACACAUUAUCGUAUCCCGCGAGGCUUUUCUAAUCUCCUGGAAGGACUGACCAGGGAGGUGCUGAGGGAGCAGCCGCAGGAUAUUCCACAAUUUGCUACCAGAUAUUUUGCAGAACUUCUUAAAAAGAGACAGGAGUCCGGCUUUGAUCCAGCAGAAUGGGGCGCCGCCCUAGAGGACAGAUACUACAACAACCAUUCCUUCCAGAACCCAGAGGAUAAGAUUUUCACUGCGCGCACACAAGAUAUCUUCUCCAGCGCAGCAGAUGUUCAACUGUCUCAAGAUCUCACCUCAUCUGUCCAAGAAAAAGAGAAGGAUGAAUAUCAGAACCCAGAGGAUAAGACCUUCACUGCACGCACAGAAGACAUCUUCUCCAGCGCACUGGAUGUUCAGCUGUCUCAAGAUCUCACCUCAUCUGCAGAAGAAAAAAAGGAGGAUGAACAAAAGGUUGUUGAGGACAGCACCCUCCCUGCCCACAUUGAGGAUGUAAGUGAUAGAAGAGAAAGUGUCCCAGUCCGGGACAACUCUGAGGACACUCUGGAGUCACACCAUCCAUCAUCCUCCCAUUUAGCAGAAGUGGAACACGAGCAGCAAGAGGCAAACGACACGGACAAUCUGCUCCAGGAACAGUCCGCCACCGUGAUACAAGCUGCGUUCCGAGGUCAUCAAGUCAGAGGAAGAGUCCGGGAAAUGAAGGAAGAGUCUGGAGAAAACAACGAGUUGUCUCUCCAAGAGUAUCCAGCUUCAGAUGUGACCUCAGAAGAAACUGCCCUACAUCAAGAAAAAGAUCAGAGUUUGGAAGAAACAGGUGCAGGCCAUGUGGAAGACCUAAUAGAGACCCCACAAAAAAACUCCACUCCAGUGCAAUCUCAUGACAACCUCAAAGAAACAAGACCAUUACUGAAUGAUGCUGCAACAACAGAGGAUAUAUUUGGUGGAGAUACCACAGUGGAUGAAGACCUGGAGAGUCAGGCCAAACAAACACAAAGUCUUCAGGAUGAAGAACAGAAUGAAGACAAUUUAGAAAACCUGUUCAUAAAAGAUGAGGCUGAAGAUCACGAUGGACUCCAGUUUCAGGGUGAAGAAGACAAUCUGGCCAUAAAAGAAGACUUGGGAGAUCAUGAUAUUCAGCAGAUUCACAAUGAAAAUGAAUUCAGAGAAGAUAACUCAGAUAAUAAAGAAGAUGUAGUAGGUCAGGGCAUGAUGCAGACUGACAGCCUUAGAGAAGACAUGCAUGAAAAUCUGGAUAAGAUGGCCACAGAAGAUGAUGAUGAAGAUCAUGAUGUGCAAGUUCAUGAAGAAGUAAAGAAUGUAAUGGAAUCUCAGGGACUUGAAGCUGCAGAAGGCCCUUCCUCUGCGGAGGGACCAGAUACCAGUGUGACAAAGGACACACAAAGCCAUGAAAAUAAUACUGAGGAACAACAAGAGUCAGUAAACAAUCAGGACAUUGAGACUGAGGGGCAACUAGAGGAUGAAGGGGGUAAAUCUGCAGAUGCUACAAUCAAGAUCCCUGGAGAACAGCAAGAAGAUGGGGAAGAUACAAGAGAAGAGAAGGAAGCUUUCAGGAAGCAGCCAGAAGAAGCUAUCGAUAUUGACUUGGAUGACCCCGAUGCCAACGCAGCCGCCGCUAAAAUCCAGGCCGGUUUCCGUGGUCACAUGACAAGGAAGAAAAUGAAAAGUGGCGAUAAAGAUGUAAAGCACAAAGAGGGUAAAGAAGGCAGCAGUGCGCAGGGAGAGCAUGACGGGGAUUAGACCAGGAUUGUAUGAGGCAACCUGAAUAAGACACAACUUGGGCCACAAGCAAGAACUAUCUCUGCAGUGAGGUGAACCUUUCACCACCCACAAGGUGCCCUCCUGUAAGCCCCUCCCCCGAGGAACGACCACCCACUCUCUGGUCACUGGAAGAUUGUGUAUGUUGCUUCCCUUUAUGCAUUCAUGUUUCUUGAGUUUCGUUCAUCUUAAUUUAACUUUUCAUGAAAAAAAAAAUGAAAAAAAUCAGUCAUUAUUGAUUGUGGUGUGGUGCGCCCUCCGCUUGCUUGCUCCUGAUUUGAAACGAUGUGUGCAUGCUCCUCUUAGAACACAGAAUGUCCCUUUAUUGAUGAAUCUUCCAUUUCCUUCAAGCUACAAUAAAGAAAUCUACAGACGACUAAUGCCCUUCCCUCUUCCCCAUCCCAUCGCUUUGUGACCCCCU